AUGGCGCCCAAAAAGGCCGACCAGCCUAAGAAGAAGACGAAGACUGUCGAUGACAAGACCUUCGGCAUGAAAAAUAAAAAAGGAGGAGCCGCCAAGAGACAAAUCACCCAGUUGAACGCGCAAGCCGCAUCCAACAAGAACCCCGAAGAGAAGAAACGAGCCGCUGAGAAGGCCCAGCGUGAGCUCGAAAAGAAGGCUGCCGAGGCAGCUAAGAAGGAGGCUGCAGAGCUCUUCAAGCCCGUCCAAGUACAGAAAGUUCCAUUCGGUGUCGACCCGAAGACUGUUCUGUGCCAAUUCCACAAGAAGGGUGGUUGUGAGAAGGGUCGCAAGUGCAAGUUCAGUCAUGACUUGAACAUUGAGCGCAAGGCGGCCAAGAAGGAUCUGUACACCGAUUCGCGUGAUGCCGAGGAAGGCGAGGAAGACACUAAGAAGGCUGAUACUAUGGAUCAGUGGGACGAGGAGAAGUUGCGCAGUGUCGUGCUGAGCAAACAUGGAAACCCACGGACGACUACCGACAAGGUCUGCAAAUUCUUUAUUGAGGCUGUGGAGAACCAGAAGUAUGGUUGGUUCUGGGUUUGUCCGAAUGGUGGUGAUAAGUGCAUGUACAAGCACAGCUUGCCUCCAGGAUUCGUCCUUAAGACUAAGGAGCAGAAGGCGGCGGAGAAGGCCCUGAUGGACAAGUCACCGCUGAACACCCUCACUCUGGAAGACUGGCUGGAGUCUGAGCGCCAUCUGUUGACCGGAAAACUGACACCGGUCACACCGGAGACCUUCGCCAAGUGGAAGACUGAGCGUCUGAGCAAGAAGGCCGCCGAGGAGCAAGCACAGAAGGCCAAGGAGGCAACCGGUCGCUCACUGUUCGAGGCUGGUGACUGGAAGGAUGACGGCAGCAGUGAUGAAGAGUCGGAUGACGAUGAUGAUGGCUUCAAUUUGGAUGCGCUGCGCGAAGAAACUGAGAAAAUACGCGAGCAGAAGGAAGAGGAACGGAUGGGCAAGCUUAAUGGGAUCCCUGGUAUUGAAGUACCAACUGCGGGCUGA